CGAUAACGCCGUCAUCGACGCCGCUCCAAUAAAUAGCAUCAGCAUCUUGAGUCCGCCAUCAUGGCCUGGGAGCUCAACCGACGACGCUUUUUCCGAGCCGUCAACAGCAAGUUCAUCUAUGGACGUUUGCCUCUUCUCCACACCAUCAUCUUCAUUAUCGAAAUGGCAUUCGUUGCCCGGCUGACGGCGCGUUUCAAUGCGUACUAUGAAGCACGACCUCUCAUGACCAUGAUGGUCACCAAUGCCAUCCUUGGUGGCAUCGCCGAUACCGUCGCGCAAACCAUCACCUCUGUGCGCCAGCGGGCCCUCAGAAAGCCAGGCGGCAUCACCAAGGACGAUAACAUUGCAAUUGAGAUACACGAGCUGGAUGAAAAGAAUCCGUUUUCAGACCGCGAGCUCAUUCCCGACUCCAAGAGUCUGCCUCCGCCGUUCGACUUUGAGCGACUUACAAGAUUCAUGGCCUAUGGUUUCUGCAUGGCUCCAGUUCAAUUCAGAUGGUUCAAGUUUCUCUCAUCAGUCUUCCCCAUUACCAAGACAAGUGCAUUUGGGCCUGCCAUGAAGCGAGUUGCCUUUGACCAGCUCAUCUUCGCGCCAUUCGGUGUCGGCGUUUUCUUUACGGCCAUGACUCUGGCUGAGGGAGGUGGUCGCCGCGGAGUCGCUCAUAAGCUACGAGACAUGUAUGUCCCUACGCUCAAGGCCAACUAUGUUCUUUGGCCCGCAGUGCAGGUUAUCAACUUCCGCUUGAUGCCCGUGCAGUUCCAGCUCCCAUUUGUCUCGACAGUUGGUAUCGCCUGGACUGCCUAUCUCUCCCUGACCAAUGCGGCCGAUUAAACUUCAGAUAAGACGAAUUCCCACCUCGAUGAAGUCUUUGAUACGUCGGGAGUGCCACAGAGCGCUCAGUUGUGGAGGUAUCGAGGGGAGGAGGUAUGACAGCUAACCCAAUAGCCUCAUCCCAGCCCAUUAAACAAGAUUCGAUAAAAGUGGCAAGCACAUCAGAGCUGCCAUCGAGAGAGUAUGAUACACGUCAUUCUUAAGAUGGAACAUCCUGCUUUUUGUGACGGAGUUUGCAAACAAAGUAGAGGCGUUUGGAGUUUUGGCUACAUCACUCGUUCAUUGGAUGUGUUCAAGCUGCUAUAGCAUUUUGAAUCAAGGAGGCAACGUGACUCUGGAUUUUAUCGCUCAUCGUUCUGUAUAACGGUACAAAAGCAUAACAGAUUCAAAUAAAAAAAAAUUAACCAGAGGCAAAGAAGCAGCAUUUACCAACUCUAUAAUCAGUC